AUGAGUGCUGAGAAAAGGCAAACUUGUUAUUUCCCUGCCUUCGUCCUGCUUUUGUGGUUUAUGACUCUGGGAGAGGCAAGGAAGUCAUUUCUCAGUGUUCUGAAUAGAGCAAAGACUGAAAAACUAUUUUUCACAAAGAAUGAAGAAAUGGUCAUCAGAAGAUCAAGUUAGGCUAAGUGGCCAGACUCCAGCCAUCUCUUUUUGCAAUUAGAUGAUCUUAAACUGCUUCAAGUGGUGACUGUGACAAAAACCUUGACAGGUGAAGAUGGAGACACAAAUUUGAACAUUCAACUAUGGGAUUCUGAAGGUAGGCAAGAAAGACUCAUUCAAGAGGUAAUGUUAAAGUCAAAGUGCCUAAACAAAGCAAAGAUGGUCUUCAAGGCAUUAAUGCGUAUUGAUUGAAAUACCCUAGUGCUUAUUCUACCAACUGCUUUUGGUUGCAAUAUUGAAUUGCAGAUGUUUCAAACAGUAUGAAAGACUCCUUUGCCAGUAAUUCUUGGCAAAUUGGGGCAAUUACACAAUUUUUUUCUUAGGCCAUUUUAUGGAUUUCUUUGGACACAGAAUUUGGUAUUAUAAGAGGCACAAAUAGGGUUUGGAUUUGUAAUGACCUACACAUGCCCAGGAGGAGUGGGGUCUAUUUCUUUGUUCUGCUUCUAGAUGGAGAUCUCAUUUUUUGCCAUUUUGACAACUUCAACAUUUUUGGCCCUGAUGAUACUUGCCAAUUCUUAUAUAUAUAGUAGGCUAUUAGGAUUAUCAAGUACAUUUCAUGUUGCUGUUUCUAAAAUUGUAUUCAUACUCCUUUUCAUCAUUCCAACAUCAGUUGGAAUAGUCCUCAAGUGUAGCAUACCUGAAAAAGCAAACUUCCUGGAGGGAAUAAUUAGACCGAGUUUUAUUUUAAUGUUUGUAGGGAUUUAUUUGACGUUCAGAAUGUUUCUAGAUAACCUAGAGGAGCUUUCAUGGGAUGUCUUAGUUCCUGCUUUGGGUUUGUUAUUUGGGUACAACUUUGUUAAAAUUUUUGUGCUGCCUGUUCUUGUUUGUAAAAUUGUUGCUAUUGAAAGUGGGACCAGUUUCUUAGCUCUGCCAUUAUUCAAUUCUUUUUCACAGUCCAAGGCCGACUUAGCUUCUGUGGCUCCUUUUAUAGUGGCCAUGUAUUCUGGAUGUGAAAUGUUACUGAUCUUUCUGCUUUACAAGGCUAAGAAAAGAUGUAUUCUUAUCAUAGAAGAUAAAAGGAAAAGGAAAUCCCCUGGCCAAACUGCAUUACUGAAUUCCCACUCUGAAUGAGGUACUGUGGGAGAUUCAAAGAAUAUCAAAAAAUGAUGCCUGUUUUCAGUUCACUACAGACCAUUAAUGUACAGAAAUUCAGAGGAAGGUGCCCAUUUUUCAAACAUGUUUGGAAAUGUUUUAGAGAACUGGAUUUGAAUAGGACACUUUAUUGUCUCUUAAACGGGGAAGGGCAAUAAGAAAAUAUUCCUUCUGUAGUGAUUGUGCUAUAUCCCAAGUAUUUAUGGAAGGGAUCUCCAUAGAAUAGGCAGACAGUAAAUGCUCACACAGUGAAUGAAUAUAUAAAUUCCUAUCUGGGUCUCUCAUUGGCUCAUCAGAAUCAGUAGGUCUUAAAUGUAGCACCUCUGCUGUCAUAACUGUACUUAUCUGGUCUUGCACAUCUCCCACUCAAGACAUUACCAUUCACCCUGAAACACAGGGUCAUCUCUUCCUCUUCUCCUUUCUUCCUUCAUUCUUUC